AUGGCGAAAGUUAUUUCGCCCAGCCCCGUCUUCUUUUCUUCCCCCUUCUCCUCCAUUUCCACAUUUGAUUUUUCUGCUUCCCUUUCCGUCACUGGCCCUCGUAUAGUUUGUUCUUUUUGCUUUAUUUGUAGUAAAAAUUCUGAAGUUUUAAAGCAUUUAUCUGAGAUGGCAUCAUCUUUAGGACAGAGUCGGGUUAUUAAUCCUGGUCCAGAAGAUCCAUCACUUCUUCGGUUUCAGAGUAUUCAUGUUUCUGAGCAUGUUUGGGAUGGACAUGAUCACCCGACGUUGAGGUUAGCAGAGUUUAUUGGAGUGGCUAACUUAUCCCAGUUUCCCCUAGAUGUGGGGUUGAUUACUGCAUUAGUGGAGAGGUGGAGGCCUGAGACACAUACCUUCCACAUGCCCCCUAGAGAGUGUACUAUUACUCUUCAAGAUGUUGCAAUCCUGUUAGGAUUACGUAUAGAUGGGAGACCAGUUAUAGCACCUACUGGAGGUGAUUGGGCGCAGAUUGUGGAAGACAGCUUAGGUAUCAGACCAGGACCUGAGCAUUUUGUAGGGAGUUUCUUGAAGAUAAGCUGGUUAGACAUCCACUUUACUCAUAUUAGUAUGCAUAAUCACAGUCCUAUGCAGAUUACUCGAUUUGCUAGGGCAUAUAUAUUGAGGCUCAUUGGAGGGUUCAUUCUUGCUGAUCACUCUAGCAGUAGGGUAUUUGUUAGAUACUUACCUUUACUUGAAGAUUUUGAGUUGACCGGUCAAUAUAGUUGGGGCUUAGCAGUUCUAGGUUAUUUGUACUGA